UCAUUCGUUUUGAUUAAUCUUUGUAAACGUAUAUUGCUUGCAAUAUAUAUAACACUUUAAAAUGAAAGAUAACGUAUUGGGCGCUAAUGUACGGUUACAAGAACCAUUUGUUUCCAUAAAAAAUGACCCAGGAAAAUGCGUAAAGCGUCACUUGGGCAAAAAUGUGUAUCUUCUGUUAUUCUCUCUUGUAACUCUUCUUGCAUCUUCAAGCAUCGUGAACGGAAUGAAAUUUUGCUUUGACGGAAAUAACGAAGGUCGUCGAUUAAACGCGACAGUGCUUACAAGUUGCUAUACCCAGUCAGCCGCUAAAUGUGUUCUUCAAUGUUCCAAUGAGCCAUGCUGUCGAUCUGUGAACUACCACAAAACAUCAUCAGGCGAAUGUUUAAUUGAGAACUGUGAAUUACUCCAUGCUAUUUCAACUGAAAAUCCUCAGUACUUGGUCGAAGAUAAAGAUUUUGAUUAUUUUAUAUUGUUACCCCAACCGGAAAGAGAGUUCAACUGCCAGUGCAUGUCCUGCCAGAGUGAUAUUGAAGAAUGUUCUCAAGUGAACAAGAAUUGUUCUUGUCUAUACGGCCAAGAUGAACUGAAGUGCGGUAAAAAAGAUUUAGCGCCUUCUGACUGCAGUGAUGAAUCGCCAUCUCAGGCAUGUCAUGGAUGGAAGGCGAGUUGCGGCAGUAAUAUAAUAGUGCAAAGAUCUUGCAAGAAAACAUGUGGCCUCUGUUAAGAUAGUAUAAGUGUACGGGGCCGGUUGUAUCAAGCCCGUUUAGCUUUA